AUGCCGGCGAGCUACCGGUAUCGCGGCCAAAGCAUAAUGGCGAAGCUAAAAGAUAGGGUAAAGCUUAAAUUGCACGAAAGCGCUUGGAACGCGAAAAACUUAAAGGACCGACCCCGGGUGCCCGAAAAGGCUAUUAAAAGCACGGGCGAAACCGCCCGGCAAAAAGCGGGGAGCGUUAAAUGCACGGGCGAAACCGCCCGGCAAAAAAAGAAAAAAGGGGCGCUAGUAACCAACCGGGCACGAACUUUCCGGGGAUAUGCCGGCAAGCUAUCGCGUUUGGAACGCGAAAAAUUUAAAAAACCAACCCUGGAUGCCCAAAAAGGCUUAAAGCAAACGCGCCCGCUUAAUCCAAAAAAUCCAAAACAAAAGGUUUUACGUAAAGCAAAAUUACUUUUAAACCUUUUAUGCUUAAAAAAUUGGCAAUUUGGCAAAAUAUCGCCCAUUACAUUAAUAAUUACAAAUUUAUUUUUAAAAGCGAAAAAGAACGUUACGCGAUUAAAAAGCUUGCGGGGGAUACCGCUAUUAAACAAAAGGAUUACAAAUCGUUCGAAACGUUUUAAAUUUGUUGGGAUUUAA